AUGUCAACAAAUAAAAAAAUUAAAACAGAUAAUAAUAAUAAUAAUAAAAUAUUUCAAGAAAUUAUUGAUUUUGGAAUUUUAAAAUCUUUAAUCGAUUAUUUAUUAAUCAACAAUAAUAAUAAUAAUAAUAAUAAUAAUAAUAAUAAUAAUAAUAAUAAUAAUAAUAAUAAUAAUAAUAACAAUAAUAAUCACAAUACUAGUAAUCAAUAUAAAAUUAAUAAAUUUUAUUUAAAUAGAAAUGAAAUAUUAAAUUAUAUAUUAGUUCAAAAAAGUGAAGAUAAUCAUAAUAAAAUUAGUUUUAAUAAAGAGUUUUCAAUUAUAAAAAUCAAAGAAUCAAUAAUCAAUGAUUAUUUUAAAUUCAAUUUAUUUUUAUAUAAGAUUACAAUUGAUAAUUUUAAAGAUAUUAAAAAUAAAUUUGAAAAUAAUCAAUUACUUUAUAAUAGAAUUGUUGUUAAUGUUGAUACUGGUUAUGAUGAAGAGAAUCUAGAUGAAAUUUUAUUUAGGAUACAUGUGUAUCAAAUGAAAAUUCAGAAAUCAUAUCAAAUUGAUUUAAAAUAUUAG